AAAUGCAUUCCCAUGUGUCACAGAAUUUGACAGUCCAUGGAGGGAGCAAAAUUGGGAUAAACAAAAGAGAGACACCAUGGUGGCUGCACUGAGGAACUUUAAACUGAGUGAUCCUGACAUGAGGCAGCUGAGAUGCCUGCUACAUGGACCAGUCGGAGCAGGGAAGUCCAGCUUCGUCAACUCCGUCAACAAUGUCUUCCAAGGACGAUCAGCACAUAAUGCCCUGGUAGCAGCUGCCUCUGGCACAAGCUUCACCAAGAGAGUAAGUUACUAUAAAUUAGGAAUCAUACCUUUGUAUAUGAACACCUGCUAUGAGUAUGUUUUAAAAAAUGUUUAUUUUCAGUACGAUACACACUACAUUAAAGAUGGAGAUAAACGUCUGCCCUUUGCAUUCAAUGAUGUCAUGGGUCUGGAGGCACAAGACAACGGGAUGCAACCUGAAGACCUCAUCAAUGCUCUGAAGGGCCAUAUACCAGAGGGUUACAAGUUCAAUCCUUGCUUUGCAUUAACUGAUGAAAGUGCGGAAUACAUUAAGAAGCCCAGGUCAAGUGACAAGGUUCACUGUCUGGUGAGUGUCGUUGCUGCAGACAAAAUCUCUCUCAUGUCAAAUGACGUCAUAGUCAAGAUGAGGAAGGUCAGAGAAAAAGCCAGUGAAUUGGGAAUAGCUCAAGUUGUUGUCAUGACCAUGCCAGACAAGGCUUGCCCCCUGGUGGAGAUGGAUGUGAAGAAGAUGUACACCAGCAAGGCAAUAAAAGAAAAAAUGCAGAUCUGCAGUAAUGAGGUGGGCAUUCCCAUGAACUGCAUCCUGCCUGUGAAGAACUACCAUGAGGAGGGGGUGCUGGAUAACGACAUGGACAUCCUGAUCCUGAACGCCAUGACUCAGAUUAUGAACUUUGCCAACGACUACAUCUGGAACCUCCAACAGGGAAAGCAGAAAGGGGGAUGCCAUGUAUGCUGCAUUUAAUCCAACUCCUCUGAAUUGUCUGUGCCAGGGUAGCAGUUGUUGCUGGGGGUUAACUGACUUGUUCAAGAGCAGCUCGGGGAUUCAAUCUAGCAACCUUUCAGUUACUGGCCCAAUGCUCCUAUCCGCCAGGCUACCUGACGCCCCAUGCAUGAGUGUCACACACCUGCAUGAGUGUCACACCACCUAAAUCAAGCGCUCAGAGAUUAGUGAGCCAUGCAGUAUACUCCUAAAUAUAUUGCCUAGAAUUAAUUUCAGAGUAGUUCAAGGUCAUUGUAGUCUUUCGAGGUCAA